CUGAAAGGGCUCAGGCCCGCCGUUUUCCAUUUCUAGCGGGGAGAAUCGGCGUCCAAGAAUUUGGUUUCUGUGUUUAGGGUUUUGGUCUUAAAUCUCAGUAUAAAUAAUACCCACGCAUAGGUUUUUUGUGCUCAAACACAUAGUUGUCCCGUUAGACGCCCAAAGCUCCAAAGCCUAGCCGCCUUACGCUCUGUGCCUGCACGGGAAGCACAAUUAUGGCUGAUGCGGCGGCAAUUCCUCCUGAAGCUACCAAUAAUAUAGAUCCGACGCAGAUCGAGGUCAAGCUCUUUAACAGGUGGACCUUCGACGACGUUCAGGUUAUUGACAUCUCUCUAGCUGAUUAUAUUGGAGUGGCGGCAUCCAAGCAUGCAACAUAUGUUCCUCACACUGCUGGUAGGUACUCAGUCAAGCGUUUCAGGAAAGCGCAGUGUCCAAUAGUUGAGAGGCUUACUAAUUCUCUCAUGAUGCACGGUAGAAACAAUGGGAAGAAACUAAUGGCUGUGAGAAUUGUCAAACAUGCCAUGGAAAUUAUCCACCUGCUAACUGAUCAGAAUCCCAUUCAAGUUAUUGUUGAUGCUGUGAUCAACAGUGGUCCUCGUGAAGAUGCAACUCGAAUCGGAUCUGCUGGUGUUGUGAGGAGACAGGCUGUGGAUAUCUCACCCCUUCGCCGUGUUAAUCAGGCCAUCUAUCUCCUAACUACUGGUGCACGCGAAGCUGCAUUUAGAAAUAUCAAGACUAUUGCUGAAUGCUUGGCUGAUGAACUUAUCAAUGCAGCAAAGGGGUCAUCUAACAGCUAUGCUAUCAAGAAGAAAGACGAGAUUGAAAGAGUUGCGAAGGCAAAUCGUUAAGCCACCCGUAGAAUUAGUCUUGAUUAUAAUGACCCAACUACGAAUUUUUGGAGCCUUUGGCGUCGGCCCGCACCCCGCACGUGCGAGAACGAGUUUUCUUGCUCUUCGAGCAUCGUUGCAUUGUUAUUGGGGAGAAUUGUUGUGCAGAGAAUUAUUUUAAGGUUUCGCUUAAGACAAUUAAAGGUAAAAGUCUAAGAUUGACUAAGAAUUA